UUAUUAAAUUAUUAAAACCAGUUAACAGAUUAAUUCUGAUUACUAAAAAACAUACUCUUCUUAAACUAUUUAUCAAAAAUUAUUUUGUAAGUUGCAUUUUGGAACCUUCUAGCAAUGGUUUCCACAAACUCAACGCUAGCGUUCUUUAUUGGUGUGUUGUAUUUUAAUACAGCGAAUGCUACAUCAUGUAGAACACCAGAUUACGAUUCGGGAGAAUGUAAACCAAUUGAAGACUGUCCAGCACUACGAUCAGCAACUUUUCGUAUUGAAGGUCAAUUUGAAAUCAAAGAAACAAGUCAAUUUUUAAAGAACUCAGUAUGUAAAUCAGAUUCCGAUGUGGAAUUAGUAUGUUGCCCCAAUGAAAACUCCUUAAAAGAAGUGAAACCAUUGGAAAAUACACAAAAUGAUGUCUUACCUGAUCCAGACACAUGUGGUAUUAGUCACGCCGAAGAUGGAUAUUCUCGAAUUGUUGGUGGAUUUAAUGUAUCCAGAGGACAAUUUCCAUGGAUUGUUGCUAUGGGAUAUGAUCGUGAUAUCGGCAAAGCAAGUUACGAAUGUGGAGCUUCUUUAAUUGCUCCAAAUCAUGUUUUAACAGCAGCUCACUGUAUUGUUGGCCAACCUUUAAUUCAAGUAGCAAUUGGAACAUUAAAUCCAUACAAAGAUCCAUACUUAACUGGUAAAGUGGUUAAAACUUACGUACAUGAAGAUUACAGUGAAGUUACGAACGAAAAUGAUAUCGCUGUCGUCAAAGUACAAUGGCAAAAUGAAAAAGGCGAAAAUGUGGAUUUCAAACCUAAUGAAACCGCCGAUACAAUUUGUUUACCAAAAACUGAAGAUUUACGUACAAAAACGUACGAACGAUAUUAUCCGUUCAUCAGCGGAUGGGGCUUACAAGAAUAUGAUAACCUAAAUACAGUAAGUGCCAUAUUAUUAGCGGUACAAGUUCCCGUUGUGAAAAAUACACUUUGUGAAAAGAAAUAUCAAAAAUUCAAACGUACCAUUAUCUCACCAAACGUAUUGUGUGCUGGUUACAUGAAAGAGAAACAUGACUCAUGUCAAGGUGAUUCAGGUGGACCACUGAUGUUACCCAUUCUAAAUAAUGGUGAAACACGAUACUAUCAAAUUGGUGUUGUAUCAAAAGGAUAUCGUUGUGCAUAUCCUGGCAUGCCAGCCAUAUAUACACGAGUUGGUAACUAUAUUGACUGGAUCGUAUCAAAAAUUGUUUUAUAAAUAGAAAAUUCUUUUUUCGUUGCUAAAAGCAAAAUAAAUAUACAGAAUUUUUUUAUAACAAAUAUUAUCUGUCGAAUGGAAAAUAUUCAUUGUUUUUUUUUUUCGAAAAUUCUACGAACAAUAUAAUUAUAGAUAAAAUCUUUCCUUUUGUAGUCAAUAAAAUUUUUUAAAUAUA